CAUUCCAAUGAAAUUCUCAAUGCUUCUCCCUUCAAGAAGAAGCACGAUAGACCCCUAUCAGCCCUUGUCAACAGAGACCUAGACAGGAUAGUUGAACAAAACAACUAUACUAAUCAGGUCCUUCAUACUAUCUCCCGUCAAAUAGAUGAUACUAAAAGCACAAAAAUUCCUUUCAGCUCACCCACUCCAGAGAAGAGUAUUCCAGGCCCUAGUCUAACUACCAAUCCUAUCUUUAAAAUUCCAGAAUUCCAAAAAGAGAAAUUCCCUACUCUCAGCGAUGACUUCAAAUUUCAGGAAAAAUCCUAGAACAAAUCAAUGAGAAACUCUCCAGGUUUAGCCUAUCUGAAAAGGAGAAAGGCGAAUCUAGCACCCAAAAGGAUAAGAACUCCUUUUCAAAACUUACCAAUGAACGUUUUUCUACAAAGAAAAACUACCACAAACGACCCUCUCCUCCAGACGUCCAGUUUGAGGAAAACCCUUACCUCUCCACCUCAAAUCAUGAUGGUAGAGGCAUCACUGAAUGGAAUGUUGAUGGAUUGGCAGAACACCAAAUCUAUAACAAACUCCAUGAAAUGGGCGUCGUUAUUACGGCUUAUAAAAUCAGAGGAGCUUCUGACAAAGAAGCAGCCACCAUGAUUGUAUCAGGAUUCACUAGUAUGAUAAAGCAUUGGUGGGACAACUAUUUCACAGAUGAAGUUAAGAGCCUUAUCUAUGAGGCCACGGCCAUGGAAACCGUCGUUGUCAAAACUGAAAGUGGACAAGAAACCCUUGAGCAAGUUGCGAAAGAAGACGCCUGUGCUACCCUCCUAUAUCAUAUAGCUAGACAUUUUAUAGGAGAGCCUAAGUUAUUUCAAGAUAGGAGCCUUGAAAUUCUUAACAACCUCACCUGCAAGGAUUUAGCAGACUUUAGGUGGUAUAAAGAUACCUUCUUAGUCAAAAUUAUGAUUAGACCUGACUGUAACAAUGACUUUUGGAAAGAACGUUUCAGAUCCUACACUGAAAUCGGAACUACAGUUACCGUUUCAAAACAAAUAUGCAGCUUUGGCAGAAUUUCCAAAGCUUCCUCCACCAAUGCUAACUAGAUUGGUAGAUUUGAAGACUAAUAAACCUUUUGAUAAAGGACAAUCAUCAAGUUCGUCUGUUCAGUCGAAGCAGAGUUAUACUAUGAAGGCUCCUGAAACCUUCGCACAGGCUGUAGAUCCUACAACAGGCAAAACGACAACAACAACUCCUCCCAUCAAAGAGGAAUUCAAAUUCGUUACCACUCAAAUCACCUGCAUACCCUAAUUGCCUUAUUGAUGCCUCACAGGCCUCAAACGUAUAAUUGGUAUGAUUACAAGUCCGCAUGGUUUAAUUUCUUAUAUAUCAGACCAGGGCACACCUGGUUUAUUAAAUAUUGUCCGGCCAUGGUAGAAGCUAUUAUCCCUAGAUAGUUCUACGAAUGGUGGAUCUAUUUUGGAGGAAUCAAAGAAAUCCUCCCUCUACAAUUCAUUAACAGGUUCAAUGAUUUCUGUUCAAAAGAAGGGUCUUGAUAUCCCUGUCUGUGCUAUUCUAAGAGAUGCCCGUCUAUUGAAUUUCAACGAUUCUCUUUUAGGGGUAAUUCAAAGUAACCUCGCCGACGGCCCGGUAUACUUUAAUUGCUACCCAAAUUUCUCGGUGGAUAUUAAUGAUCCUAACAUCAUGGAUGUUUUAACACUUAAUGUUAAAACAAAAAACAUGAACAGUAAGGAUAAUACUAGAGAAAUAGCAAUAAUAUACAGAGUAUAUUAUCGACUUAUGGGUACAACCCUAGCUCCCAAAGCUAGAAUCACGAGUCCUAGGGGUGUUACAACCCUCAUAGAAGAAAACAAAGAUAGAAGUAAUAUCUUUGUUCCCAAGGCUCUCGUUUGGAACGAUAUCAUGCAUAAAAAUGAUUGGCACUUUGAUGCUAUCACUCAACCUCUCCCUACCUAUCCGGAGAAAUCACAGAUCGAAAGGGUUAUCCAGCACCCUGACGGAUCCAUUGAUUUAAAAAUGAUAUCAUGCAUAAAAAUGAUUGGCUCUGAUACCAAGAAGGAUCUGAAAGGAUCUUAAAGGAUUAAUUGAUGAAAUAUGAGAGAAGAUUAAAACCAAAAACAAUUAAAACAACUUACAAGAUUUUAUUCAAACUUUGUUAACUGAAAACAUUACAAGAGAGUUUAGGCAAGCGGAAUAUUUCUUAUGUUGGAAAUUUUCUAAUGC